AUGUGCUCUACCUACCCCAUCUGUUCCUUUGUUGCGAACGAUUCCAACAAUGGGUCGGGUGCUACCAACACAAGCAACUAUAAUGUCCCCGGCAUCUUCAAUUUGGAUGUGGGAGACACCAAUUGGGUUAUAACAUCAUCGUUCAUCAUCUUCACAAUGCAGACAGGUUUCGGGAUGCUGGAGUCCGGAUGCGUGUCCAUCAAGAACGAGGUGAACAUCAUGAUGAAGAACGUUGCCGACGUGGUUCUGGGCGGCCUCACGUACUGGAUGUUCGGUUUCGCCCUCAGCUUCGGUAGCGGCCCCUGUACGACGCCGUUCAUGGGGUGUGGAAACUUCUUCGUGGACCCCACAGUUAACGAUCCACUCAUGGGCCCCAUCAACGCCGCCUUCCUGUUCCAGCUCUCGUUUGCCACCACAGCCACUACCAUCGUCUCGGGGGCGAUGGCUGAAAGAUGCAAUUUCAAGGCGUACUGUCUCUUCUCAUUCCUCAACACUGUGGUGUACUGCGUGCCUGCAGGCUGGGCGUGGGGGGAACACGGCUUCCUGAACAGGUUGGGUUACGUCGACAUCGCAGGAUCGGGACCAGUCCACCUUAUUGGUGGAAGUUCUGCACUGGCGUCGGCGAUGAUGCUGGGUCCACGUUUAGGGAGGUACGACAUGGGAAAUGAGCCACUGCCUCUCGGAUCUCCUGUGAACGCCGUCAUGGGUCUGUUUGUCCUCUGGUGGGGAUGGCUCGCCUUUAACUCAGGAAGUACAUACGGAAUCAGUGGAGCCAAGUGGCAUUAUGCAGCCCGCGCAGCUGUUCAGACAAUGAUGGGAUCAUUUGGGGGUGGAUGCAUUGGCCUGGGUUACUCAAUGUUCCUGCGGGAAGGACGCCUUGACAUUAUGGACCUCAUUAACAGUAUCCUAGGCUCACUUGUCUCAAUCACAGCGGGAUGUUUCCUGUACCAAUCAUGGGAGGCGCUUCUGAUCGGUACAGUGGGUGCUAUCGUGGCUUGCGUCUCCAUGCCCCUCAUAGACAAGAUGGGAAUCGAUGACCCUGUCGGAGCAUCAGCCGUACACGGUGCAGCGGCUAUUUGGGGUGUUAUUGCAGUAGGGCUGUUUGCAGACAAUCCAGAACCUCUUGACACCACAAGCGGACGCAGCGGGUUAUUUAAAGGUGGAGGCUGGUACAUGCUCGGUGUGCAGACCUUAGGAGCGUUUUGCCUUUGCACCUGGGGGAUAUUGAGUACCUGCCUGAUUCUCUGGCUAGUGGGCAAGAUCGUGCCAAUUCGGAUGGACCCAUAUGAUGAGCUCAUUGGGGCAGACUUAACAGAGCACCACAUCCGACAUGGUCAGGUUGGAGUGAGUCGUGCCAUAUCAGCACUGCGGCCAUUUUAUCACGCCACUGCUGAUAUAGAAGAUAUCAAGAAUGUAGGAAGUAAUCCAGGGCACGAGACAUACCUCAACCAGAACUACGGCUCCCAUCCGGGAAACAAAGACGUUCCACUAUCAAAAACAGCGAGCAUUAAAAAAUCUAAAAAAGAACAAAAGAAGAAUGGGAAGAAAAACAAUAAAGUGAACGUUAAGAACAACAUAGACGACCCACUCGCAACACUGGAAGCAAUGAUGAAAACUGAAGAGAUUCCUAAAUUUGCAUGGUUGGACUGA